CUUGAACGAAACCCAUUUUGCCCCGGAAGUGUUCUCUUUUUUGUAUCUGUGUUUUUGUUGUGAAUGAAGUGAGCAUGGACUUCUGUGCGGUAAAUAUCACAAGAGUAGGUUAGUGCAAAUUUAAUAUUCAUUCUUUAGUCACAGAAGUUAGUUAUGUGUGUUGUUUUGGUUGGAGAAACUACAUGAACGUGCAGGGAGCGUUAGCAUUAGCUGAAUUAGCAAACUGCCCGUUAACACCACACAACACAACGGGCAAAUUAUCCAAAAUAAGAUGCUUCCUGCGUUAACUAAGCAAGUUAGCACACCAUAAUGUAUGCUUUUUUGUAAUAAAAUAGUUAAUUUUAACUCUUAAGGCUAUUGCCACAAAGUUAUCUCUUAUGGAGUAAGCUACAGCUAACAUCAAAGUCAGCUGGAACCAAACACGAGUCACUAAAACUAGGUUUUUCUGUGUUUGUGGUCUCUUUGCAGGUUGAUUUAUUAUAAUCCAUGAUGAAUUUUGACGGUCUGGACACUGGGAUGGGUGAGUACCCAGCCAGCCUUCACGGGACUCUGGACGCGGGGAUGGAGCCCUCUAUGGACCCGCACCUCAACCCCAGCCUGCUGCAGGGAGUGGAGCUUGAUCCGGAGGGUCUGGCCGUGACAGUCCCCGAACCUGUGCACCUGAUGGAGGGGAUGUUUUCUGAGUUGCACAGUGCGGUUUCAGAGGUCGGCAUCCCAGUUACUGCGACACAUUUUGAUCUGCAAGAAGAGAUGCUCUGGAUGGGGAACCACAGAGUGAGUAUGAACUGUGAUGGACUUUUGACUGAAUUAUUGAAUGAAUGAAUCCUCAGUGGGUCGGGGAAAAUAUGAAACAAGAUCACGUGUCACGUGCUGUGGUUGAUUUGCAAGUCCUGUCCCUGUAGGGGUUUUUAAAACUAGCACGUGCACAAUUAAACACUGUAAAUCAGGAAGUUAAAGAUUGUGCAUGAUUGCAUAUCUGAGUCCUCUUUGAGUUUGAGUUUGAAUUGAACUUAAGGUGGACUAACUGGAUGGUCAAGUUAGCAUAUUUAAUUUAAUGUCAACAAUAUGAUCUUAUGGGCUUCCUAUUAAAGUCUGUAAUGUCUUUAUUUGCUGAUAUCAUCAUGGGCUUGAUCGUUUGGGGUGCUGCUCAAGAUAAGAAGAUUAAACAACAACUUAGAAUGUUACUGAAACUUCCAAGUUGCUCUUAGUUUUAGGGAGAUAAGCAGUAUUUUCUCAGAAUUAAAGGGUUAUUCCAGCAUAAAAUUAGACACCACUUGAGAGAUGAAUGUUGCUGACUGCUUCCCUUUGUAGUUACAUCAACUUUAGUAAUAACUCUAUAGCCACAAAAAACAGCACCUAACUUCAUCAUCAGUACAUGUAGGGUCCCAGCCAUAGUACUAGCCACCAAACAUCUUUUUAACUUUGCCUAAUUUCUUUAGCAAAGAGACUAAACACAACUCACCCACUCUCUUCCAGCAGCCGCUUGUUUGUACGGAGACCUCCAGGCGAGUCCAUUGACUGCAGCGGGGUGUCACAGCUCAAGGAAGAAGAUUUAUGAUAAUUUCUUCUACUGUGUCUGCAGGGCAAAAUGAUUAAUAUGGUGAUUAUUACUUCAAGGAAAUGAUAAAGUAAUGAUUAUAAAUGUCCUUCUUCGAGCUGUGUCACCCCGCUGUAGUCCGUAAUGGACUGGCCUGAGGUCUUGCCACAAACAAGUGGCUGCUGGAAGAGGGUAGGUGAGUUGUGUUUAGUCUCUUUACUAAAGAAAUUAGGCAAAGUUAAGAGGAUGUUUGGUGGCUGGGACCCUAUAAGUCCUGUUGAUGAAGUUAGGUGCUGUUCUGAGCAUUAUUUGUGACUAUAGAGUGGCGUUUUGAUUGAGGUUUGUUUAUGGCUCCUCAGACUUCUGUGUAUUGCUAUCCUGUGGUAGUUACUAAAGUUGGUAUAACUAGAGAAGCAAGCGGUCAGCAACAAUCAUCUCACAAGGGGGUGUCUAACUCUGUGUUAUGGUGUGUUUGACCCUAAAUUAAUUUUAUGCCACAAUAUCCCCUAACUUGUGUUUUUUUAGGGUCAUGUAACGUCAUUCUUUGGACCCACAAUGGUGCGCCAUUCUUCUUUCCAAGUGCAUGCAGCAGACGACAUCAGACACAUCCAGAGUUUGGAAACAGGCGUCCUCUUCCUCUCCAAGACCAACCUCAAAUGUCACACUCGUGGGGGUCUUGUAAUGUUUGAUUACCCGUAAGUGAUGCUCUGUAAUAUCUGUGGCACAUGAUCUUGUGCUGAGAGAGAUUGCAGACAAAGUGCAGCUUUAAAUUCUUAAAUUCUCUCUUAUAGUUAAUCAGUUAGAUUUUGUUUCAUAAAUAUGUUUCUGUGUGCUUUAGGAUGGAGGAAGGUGCAGAUAUGCACAGUCUCCUUAUGACAGAUAACAACACCUUGCUUAUGGGUGGAUUACAAAACUAUGUGGUGGAAAUGGACCUGAAUUCAGUUCAAGAAACUCAGAAGGUGAGACUGGAGGACUGCAUCACAGUGUCCCAACUGAAAUUUCCUCUUAAACGUGAAAUUAAUGGCUUAUUUUGUGCUCACAGUUCAAUGUUGAAGUACCUGGAGUGGCGAUAAUGCGUCAGACAGGCCGCUUCUUCUUCUGCGGGCACACGUCUGGAAAGGUUUGAGAUUUCUGUUUGUUGAUUUAAAAAAAAAAAAAACAGCUCUAGUUUCGUCUUUACUCAAUGCUCAGAUCAACUUUCUCCAUAAAUCAGGUGACCCUGCGGGAUUUGCGUAGCUUCAAGAUGGAGCACGAGUUUGACGCCUUUUCCGGCAGCCUCUCGGACUUUGACGUUCAUGGAAACCUUCUGGCUGCAUGCGGGUUCUCCAGCAGAGGACUAAAUGGGAUGGCGUGUGAUCGUUUCCUCAUGGUGUACGACCUCCGUAUGAUGCGAGCGGUCACGCCGCUGCAGGUGCACGUGGACCCUCUCUUCCUGCGCUUCAUCCCUACCUACACCUCACGGCUGGCAAUCAUCUCACAGACAGGUAUCUGCAGUAGUGAUUAUAAACUUUAAGCAAUUAACUGCUGAUAUUUCAUUAAUAUCAUGCAUUGGUUUGAGAGAGUAGGAUUUUCUGUACAUGAAUACAUGUCUUGAGUUUGUGAGAGUUUUCUUAAUAGCAAUAGUUGCUGUAAAAGCUGUAUGUGCGAGUAUUCAGCAACGUUUUCGUCUUACUCACUCAGGUAUUUAAAAGAUUUUGUCAUGCAGCUUGUGAAUAACGACUCUCCUCCUCUUUCUCCAGGCCAGUGCCAGUUCUGCGAGCCGACUGGUCUCGCAAAUGUCGCUGACAUUUUUCAUGUCAACACCGUGGGCCAGCUGCUCAUGAGUUUUGACGUGUCGUCCAGUAAACAAGCCCUGGCUUUCGGGGACUCUGGGGGAUGUGUUCACCUGUGGUCUGAUGCUCCAGAGGUUACUUAUAAUGACUACUCUCGAGAGACGGAGUUUGCCCUGCCUUGCCUCGUGGACAAUCUGCCUCAGCUGGACUGGAACCAUGACCUGUUGCCUCUUUCGCUCAUCCCCAUGCCGCUGACCAGCACCGAGCAGCUGCUGUCAGACUGGCCCUCCUCACUGGCUACACCUAGUCCAAGGUAACACAGACACAAAAGCUUUGUCUUUACCUCACAGGCUCUGCUUUGCUGGUGUAAACAUUCACUUGUAAACAGUCUCAGUUUAAUCAUCUAUUCUCUCUAAUUUGAGAACUUUAACGAUCUAAACUGUAUUUUUAAAAAUUACUGAGCAGCUGUGAGAAGAAGUAAAGUCUUUCUGCAUUUUCCAAGACUUAUUUCUUCAGAAGGAACCAACAGGCUUGAAAACUCCACAAACCAGAAAGGGAAGUUGGAAAGAAUUGAGUGACAAUGACAAGAGUCAUUGUUGGUUUUUUCUUUACAAUUGCAGAACUGCCUAAUAUGGCCCGCUGUAUCUACUGAUGAGUUAAGCAAUUUCACAGAAGGAAACAAUAACACCAAACUCCCUGGAGUCAGCCAGUUAGUGAAGGAAGUCAGUGUGGAUGAGUCAGCGGUGUUAUGUAAUGUCAUUUUUAUAGCCUUUUAUGAAUAAGUUAUGUGAGUAAUCAACCAAACUUUAACCUGCUGGUCCCAAUUGGUAAAUGACAUGUAUGACAUGUAUUUAGUUUGAUCAAUGAGAAUAAAAGCAUUUCUUCAGGCAGGGUUAUUAAAUAAGAUUUUACAGCACAAGUGAUGUGUUAUAACGUGAAGAUGUCUCCUAAUGUGCUCAAAGUCCAGUUUAAAUUAAAUAGUCUAAAUUACAUCUUUUAUAAUUGUACCUCUGAAGAUGGCACAGCACUCUAAGACGUGAUAUUGAAGCACACCUUCGACUGUCAGUGUGAAAAGGUUUGAUGAGAAAUAAGUGGAUCAAUGGGUUGUAAAUUAAGGCCCGGUGUAUCAAACCGCCUUAUUAAAGUUACUGACAUUAUUUAGCCAUUAUUUAUUUAAUAAAGAGGUUUUUUUUGUUUCACAGACGAGCUCCUCCUGUGGACCCCGAAAUCCUGCGCACAAUGAAAACUGUCGGAUUCAUCGGUUAUGCAGCAAAUCCUCGUACUCGCCCUCGUAACCAGGCAUGUAAAACAAAAACAUGAAUUAUUUACACUUAUUACAGUUGAUCCUCUUUUGCACAGGAAAAAUACUAAAUACUUAAAUACACUGGCUGCUCUUGUUUUGCAUCAGUCUCUGUCUCCUAUUGUCCGCACAUUUUGAAAAUAAAUUUCUCUUUUGUGUUUUCAUUCUUGUUUCUCUUCACUUUUUGGAUAUACUAAAACAGUUUUCCCUUUUGGUUUUAGGUUCCCUACAAAAUAAAGGAUGUGGAGCUUGAUUACGACAACUACAACCAAGUUCCUGAAUCACCAAUCGGACGUGAUGAAGAGCCACACUUAUACAUGGUGCCCAAAAAGUACAGAAAGGUCAGACUUGUAAAAAAUUUUUUUUUUUAUGGAUGGAGUGUCUGUACACAAAAAAAGGAAAGUGAAACAAAUGUUUGUGUUCCUCUGCCCGUCUAUCUUUGAGUUUUUAUCAUGUUUGGGUGUUACAGUCAGUUGUAUUUCUUUUUAAGUCAGCUGACAUUAGUGAAUAUAGUAUUUCCCAUAUAAAAUUAACAGAUUUAAAAUCAACAACUUUUCACGGUUCACUCCUAACUUGUCAUGAAAAACUAUCAGGUCUUUGUUUUUCAGUUUUACAAUUACGCCCAGCAGUGUGCUGAAUAAGUGUUCUUCAUCUGAUUGAAGCGUAUGAGUAUGGAGUCACUUAAAUAAAGAGGAAAAAGAUGAAAACUCUCAACAUGGAUGUUAAAAAAAACUCAUUUUUUCUCUAAGAAUACGACCUGGUUGACUGGAUAGACUGAAUGCGAGAUUUUGAAGGCAUUUCCUCUAACCCUGAGCUGCAACAUGAUUUGUUCUUAAUUGGCAAAGUUUCCUAAGAUGUUCAUUUUUACAUUUUUUUUGCGAGGAAGUUUAGAGUUAUUAUAUUUCUUCUUUUGUUUUACAGUAAUCUGGUUUCUCUUCUGAACAUAACUGUAAUUUUCUUUAAAGUUUGCGUGCCUGAAUAAAUAUAUAAUCAUAUAUUUCUUAUCGAUCAGGUCACAAUCAAGUACUCCAAACUUGGACUGGAGGACUUUGAUUUCAAACACUACAACAGAACUUUGUUCGCUGGUCUGGAGCCUCAUAUCCCCAACGCCUACUGUAACUGCAUGAUCCAGGUAAAGACAUGAUGUUUUGAUGAAAUGUAAUUGACUCCUGCAAGAUUUCACAAGGCAGAGUUAUUAUUCUGAUUUUCUUUGUGUUUGGCCUUCAGGUUUUAUAUUUCCUGGAGCCGAUCCGGUGUCUAGUCCAGAAUCAUUUGUGCCAGAAAGAGUUCUGUUUAGCCUGUGAGCUCGGCUUUCUCUUCCACAUGCUGGAUUUAUCUCGAGGAGAUCCAUGCCAGGUAGUUUUCUCUCAGUAUUAUCUAAAAAAUUGGUAAUUUAAGUCAACCAGAAGGGUUUAAACAUCCCUUUCUCUUUUUUUUAAAGGCCAGUAACUUCCUCAGAGCGUUUCGAACCAUCCCCGAGGCCUCAGCGCUCGGCCUGAUCCUCGCUGACUCAGAUGAGCAAACAGGGAAGGCCAGGCUCGGUCGCUUAAUCCAGAGCUGGAACCGCUUCAUCCUCACUCAGCUGCACCAGGAGACUCAGGAGCAGGAGGGCCCGCAGGCCUACAGGGGAGCCAGCAGCAGGUCAGAGCGGCCAACACAAACAUGUUACUGUUGUGACAAACCGCUUCCUGAGACAACAGUCUUUAUAAAACAAGAACAAAGUCUGGAGAUGCUUUAAGGACUUUGAGGAAAAUGUAACCCCCCCUCUGUGUUUGUUGUUACAGCUCUCUGGGCUCCUCUGGUGAGUCAGAAAUUGGGAAACUGUUUGGAUGUGAAGUAGAGAACAGCAGUCUGUGUCGCUGUGGUAAGGAGACGGUCCGCACCUCCCUCACGUUGCUCUUCACUAUGCAUUACCCUGAGCAGAGCUCUCAAGGUGAGUUUCAAGCCCUCUUUCUGUGCUGCUGCACAUGGGUAAUUUUGUGCUUCUCACACCUGGCACUGAAAAACUGAUGUAUGGAUAGCCUGGUUCAGAUAAAUCACAGCGAAGCACUCGUGCUAUUUGCUCACUCGACAUUCAUCUCUUUUUGACUCUUCAGACAAAGUGAUAAAAGAAUACGACUUUGCCGAGAUUUUGAAGAAGAGCAUCUGUCUGGAGCAGAGCACUCAGGCCUGGUGUGAAAACUGCGAGAAAUAUCAGCCCACAGUGAGUAAUAGAUCCCAUUCAGACAUGACAUCAACAGACAAUACAUCUGGUGUCUCAUUUCAGGUUAUUCUGUAUCAUAAGAGCGUCUCAUUGUUUUACUUUAGGUGCAGACACGCAACAUCCGCUGUCUGCCUGAUGUCCUGGCCAUUAACUGUGAGGUGAACAGCGCUAAAGAGGCCGAAUUCUGGAAAGUUCAAGCAGAGGUUAAACUCAUUUUCAUUUUUUCCGCUUCCUGCCAAGUUUGAAAUACUCACUCAAAUGGAUUCCUGACAAACUGGUUGUAGAACAAUGUCAUUAUCUCUGAUUUUGUUUACAGUACGCUUUCAAUAAGGCGAUGCAAAAAGAGGCAAUGGAACCGCCUAAACCUAAAGAACCGCCGCCGCCCAUGCCCACUGAGUGGUGCCUGGAGUAAGAAACCUCUACUCUGAUGUCGAACAGUAUUCCAGUCUUUGAGUUUUCUCUAAAGCUCCUGUGAGGAGUUUUUUAAUGAAUAUGAAAUAGACUGAAAUUCAUAUUUAAGUCUAUUCAUUCAUGUCAAUUUGUCGCAGUUUUUAACGCCUCUAGUCUUACACUUAAACAGACUAAAAUUUGGGGGUUUUGGAUGAUAUUUUUAACACAUAAAACUGAAUUCAAUUGUAUCCUUAUAACCCUCCUCACUCGAUCUUGUGUCUUCAUCAUCCUCAUAGUGGGGAGGAUUGCAACAUGGAGGGCUUCACCUUUGAUACACGGGCGGAGGAUCUGCGCCACGUCUGGAUCCCUCUCACUCUCAAGAUGUCCAUCAGUAAGAGUCAGGGCCUGGAGAUCAGCAGCUGGCCUGAAGGAGAAGAGGUAAGAGGGGAACAUGCUGACUGUGUUACUGAUUGAGCUUUAAUGUGACUGUAACUCAUGACUCACUUCACGGUCUCUGAUCAGUUAAGCGCUACAGAGGAGGCGGAGGGAGCUUCUCUCUAUGACUUGGUGGUCACGGUUCCUCACGUCCUGGAUGCUCGUACAGGAGGAAACUUGGUUGCACACAUCAAAGUAGGAGAGACUUACCAUCAAAGGAAAGAGGUGAUACUGGCUCACACCUAGUGAUACGAUCUUUAAUGACUUUUUACGUGUCACAUGAACUUUGAAAAUAAUGUUACGUGGACUCUGUGUCAAUAUUGAAACAAUCUUUGUUUCAGGGAGUCACUCACCAGCAGUGGUACCUCUUCAAUGAUUUCCUGAUUGAGCCGAUUGACAAGGUAAACAUUUUCAUCGCUUUGAACUCGGCUAAUGAAAUAUUAGGUUUCACAUGAUUUUAAGUGUGGUUUCAUUUGUUCGUCACAGACCGAAGCUGCUCAGUUUGACGUGAGCUGGAAAGUACCAGCUAUUUUAUAUUACGCCAAGAGAAACCACCACACCAAAUACGACCUCCGCAGUAAGUUUAAGAACCUUUAACCCUGAGGCUUCACUCUAGGGUAAAGCUCAUUAACGCACAUGCUGAUGCUCUGCUGUAUAUCUCAGUUAAAAACCCCAUCGAUGCCAGCGUGCUGCUGACUGAGGCGUCUUUGGCUCGGAAGCAGAGGAAGAGUCACGCCACCUUCAUUCCCCUCAUGGUCAGUGAGAUGCCGCAGGCUGGAGACCUGGUGGGCCUGGACGCUGAGUUUGUCACACUUAACCAGGUGAGUGAAGAUGUACUCAUUUAAGUGAAAAUUUCAGUCGCUUAUUCAGGCUGUCGGGUGUUGCACUUGAAUAUGCAACAGAAAAGGGACAAAAUAUUUCUCUGUUAUUGAAUCGAAGCUCCUCACUCAUGUUCAUGUCUUUGCAGGAAGAGGCAGAGCUGCGCAGUGACGGCACAAAGUCCACCAUCAAGCCCAGCCAAAUGUCUGUGGCGAGGAUCACCUGUGUGAGGGGUCAGGGCCCCAACGAGGGGGUUCCCUUCAUCGACGACUACAUCUCCACUCAAGAACAGGUGAGAGAUCAGAGCGAGCAAAACCCACUUUUUCAUUUAAAGCUCUUCAAACAGCCGCUCAUGUUCAUCCUUGACUCUCCUGAAUGUUUCCUCCUCUCAGGUGGUCGACUAUCUGACUCAGUAUUCGGGCAUCAAACCAGGAGACCUGGACGCAAAGAUUUCCUCCAAGCAUCUGACCACGUUGAAGUCCACCUACCUGAAGCUGCGCUUUCUCAUUGACACAGGAGUUCGCUUUGUUGGCCACGGUUUACAGAAGGACUUCCGGGUUAUUAAUUUGCUGGUGUGUUUUUCACAGCUUGUAAUUAGUUUGUUGAGCCUAAAAAAUCCCCUCUUAAGUAUUUUUCCUGGACUUAAAUUUCUUUGUUUUUUUCUUUUUAGGUUUUGAAAGACCAAGUCAUCGACACCGUCUACCUGUUUCAUUUACCCCGCAAGAGGAUGAUCUCUCUGAGAUUUCUCGCCUGGUACUUUCUAGGUAUGUCAAGGCUACACCAAUUAGCAUUUUUCUAGUAACAUUCACUCUGUAAUGUGAGAGGGAAGUACCAGAGUUACUGAAAAAUCACACACUGCAGCUUCCUUAACACUUCAGAUAAUUGACUUGCCUGAAGCCCCUUUUACAAUCACUGCCUUGAAUGUUAUCACCUUUCAAAGAAAAACAAAAGUAACGCAGUCAAACCUGCUUGCUCAGCACCAAACAGCAGAGAAAGGCUGUUAGUGAAGCUUGAGCAGCUGAAGAGUGAAAAUUUCUCUCACAUAUCAGUGGUGGACUAAAGGCAGAGCUAAAAGAAAGCAAAUAUUUGACUUAUUUUGGCGAAAACACGACUCAGUUGAUUGAUGUGUUAUUCAAGAACUGUUUGCUUACAAGUGAGUUGUAUAAACUGGAAUUAGGAGGAGCGAAGUAUGUUAUUACAAGAUAGAGAGGUGAACUGUUGAGAUGACUGCAGCCCGGGUUCAGAGCUGAUGCUGAGAAACUCCCACAGAUGCUUUUCUGUCCUGUUUUAUUCAUGAUGUUUUAGACUCUUAGUGCUGAUUAUCUCCAUUAUGUCCUUCUGCUUCUCUCCUCCAAGACCUCAACAUCCAGGGCGAAACCCACGACAGCAUAGAGGACGCUCGCACCGCCCUGCAGCUGUACAGGAAGUACCUGGAGCUCAGUCGAGGAGGUGGGACCGACGAAGUGAGGAAGGUCCUGAAGGGACUUUACGAAAAGGGCCGCCAGCUGGACUGGAAAGUCCCAGACUCGGACGCAGGAGAUGGUCAAGGUAGCCCAAAAAGUACGACACUACAUUGAAUGAGACGUCAGUGAGGGAUCAGUCGCUUCACAACAGUCUCUCUGAGCGGAUUGAUACCUGUCUUCUUCCUCCAACAGGUGCCGCUGUGUUUCCCUCUGUGAUGGGACUCUAAGCUGCACCAAGACGCCACCACCCCAGACUCCAGACUGACCACUGCUUGUGGAGUUAGCAUCAUGUUUUUUAAUUAUUUCCUUUAAUUUUCCAUCAUGUACAGUGUUUAUGAAUGUUAGUGUUUGUACAGUCUGCUGUUACUCCAUGACCAAACAAUUUUGAUCAUGAUUUGAUUUGUACCGCUUUUCAAAAUAAAAGUUUUACCUUUUUUAUGA